UGCGGCUGGAUGUCAUUCAACUCCUGACGAACAGGAGCCGUGACAAAACUAUACCAGGGGUGUCUUUCCAAUUCAAGCAAGUUGUCUUGAGACACACCCGAUCAACAGGCUGUAAGAGCCUCCAGAGACUUCGUUAAUUGGGAUUUUAUCUUAUUUUUUGCGUGCGCCCGUAUCCAUGUCGUCAGAUUUGUAAAUUAACCACGGAGGAGCGUUUCUGAUGGACUCUAAUGACAGGAGCAUUAGAGAUCUGAAAAGAACUGACAAAAUCCAUCCAGGAUACACACACACACGCAAAUAUAUGUAAUAAUGGAUUCGUUCAACGCCAGCGGAAUGGAUGCGUUCACGGUGAUCCAUUUGAAUUCCUCCUGGACGCUGGACAGUGGAUAUUCUUUAGCAGCGAUAGCUGGCAUCGCCGCUCUCGUAAGUUUUCUCAUUCUUUUUACCGUUGUUGGAAAUAUUCUUGUGGUUAUCGCUGUGUUAACGAGCCGGGCACUGAAAGCCCCCCAAAACCUUUUCCUGGUGUCUCUGGCCACAGCGGACAUCCUGGUCGCCACUCUCGUGAUGCCGUUUUCUUUGGCAAAUGAACUCAUGGGUUACUGGUAUUUUGGAAAAGUUUGGUGCGGUAUUUAUCUGGCUCUGGAUGUUUUGUUUUGUACUUCAUCUAUUGUGCAUCUGUGCGCAAUAAGCCUGGACCGGUACUGGUCCGUUACGCAAGCUGUAGAGUACAACCUGAAGCGGACUCCUAAACGCGUCAAGUGCAUUAUCCUGAUCGUGUGGCUUAUAUCUGCGUUCAUCUCCUCUCCGCCGCUCAUAUCUAUCGACAGCAACAGUGAGAUCAGCUCUCAGCCUCAGUGCGAGCUGAAUGAUGACACUUGGUACAUCCUCUCCUCCAGCAUCGCGUCCUUCUUCGCUCCCUGUUUAAUCAUGAUCCUGGUCUAUAUCAGAAUAUACCAGGUGGCCAAAACCAGAACCAGAAGCAUGUCGGGAAAAAAACCCAGGCCAGAUGGCGUUACACAAACUGAGAAUGGACUGAGCAAAGCCACCUCCCCUUUCCACGGCGAGAGGGAGAACGGUCACUGUCAGUGCCCGCCUACGCCCAGCCAACGCACCGUCACCAUCGGGCAACAGACUGAGGAGGCUGACAUGGAGGAGAGCUCCUCGUCAGAGGGCAAAGGUCACAAGCCCCAGCUGCAGGAGUCCCAGAGCGCAAAGAGGACCAGCAACAAGAAAAGCUCGCUCUCCAAGCAAUCCACUCGCAUCUCCAGGGUCAGUAACAAGUCCAUGGAUCUGUUCGCCUCCAGGAGGAAACGCCGUAAGAGCUCCGUAGCCAGGAAGAAGAUCUCCCAAGCCAGGGAGAAGAGAUUCACAUUUGUCCUGGCUGUUGUCAUGGGAGUGUUUGUUGUUUGCUGGUUUCCCUUUUUCUUUAGCUACAGCCUGUAUGGCGUGUGCAGGGAACCCUGUAGGAUUCCCGACCCCCUCUUUAAAUUCUUCUUCUGGAUUGGCUAUUGCAACAGCUCCCUCAACCCUGCCAUUUACACCAUCUUCAACCGGGACUUCAGACAUGCCUUCCAUAAGAUCCUCUGCAAGUCCUGGAAAAAGUCCUUUUAGCUGUGAAGCAGAGCUGCUGCAUCACUGUGACAAUCUUACAGGAUAUAUCAAAUUGAAUUUAUAAAAAACACAGGAAAAAAAGGAAAUCUGUUGUGUUUGUUACUGCCGCACUUAUGUCUCAUUGUCCUGCUGUUUUUUCCAGUCAUGACAGUGUGCACCCUUCAAGGAGUCCCCUCAGGCUUCAGCAUAGAUGUUUUCAUUACAGACUUCUCACAGGCUUUCCCAGUUUGAUUAAAGUGCACCACAUUUCUCUUAUUCCUUAUGAACUGUGCUGUAAUUCUGUAUUAAAGGACCGAUAUCGAUAAAGCUCCCUGUACAUCCAUAAAAGAUGCACACACGGGUGAUUUAUGUGCCAGGACAAAACCCCCAGUUCAGCUCUGUUUUUUCCAUUCCAUGAAACUUUUCCAUUUUUUGAACACUAAGAUUAUUCUUCAUCACAGAUUUUCUCUUGGGUAAUUAGAUUUAACCUAUUAAUAUUAUUUUACGCAUUAUUGAAAAUAUAAAAAUAUGCAACCUACAAGCACAAAAUGUCAAAACCAGAUCCUUGACAAGACAGAGUCUUAGUGUGGCAUUUUGAGAAAUAUGCUCAAUAGACUUUCCAACAGAGUCAGUUCAAUUCAAGUUUAUUUAGAUAGCAUCAAAUCUCAACAGUCACCUCAAGGAGCUUUAUACUGCAGAGUAAGGAUCCCAGAAUAUUAGAAAGAAAACCCCAACAAUGAAAAUUUGGUGACAGUGGAAAGGAAAAACUCCCUUUUCACAGGAAGAAACGUCUGGCAGAACCAGGGUCAGGCAGUCAUCUUCAGAAACUGGUUAGCAGUGAGGAAAGAGAAACGUUAAUGCUCUUUUUAAUGGACAACAUAAGAGAAGAUAAGAAGAAAAGAUCUCUGUAAAUAUGUAGCAUUUUUGUUCAUAAGCAUAACUUGACACAGAAAGGUAACAAAUUCUCACUGAAAUUAGCACAUUAUAUAGGUUUUGUUAGUUGGUAAAAAGAAGGCUUUCUCCUUGGGAGGAGCCUGUGCUGGUCUUCAAUGCAUGUAACAAGUGGAAACUAGAGAAAGUUAGUAGUGCAAUAAAACUGCCCCCCCCCCAUCAUCAAAAAGAUAUAUGUGCUUCUUUUAGAGAUAGCAAGGUUAGCUACGCUAAGCUAAGCUAAGCUAAGCUUUCUAGCUGUUAGCUGAUACAAUGUAGCUAAUGCAUAGAAAUUAAAGUGAUACUGAUCUUCUCAUCCAAGCCAGCAACAAAUCAAAGAAGAAUAUUUCUCAAAAUGUCAAACUAUUCUUUAAAAUGUUAUUUAAAAAACAAAACAAACGAAAAACAAAACACACUGUUAGUGUUAAUGCCUGUGUGGUCAGUGCUGCACUUUAAUCUGUAAAAAAAAAAGAAGGUUAAAUUUAUGUAGCAUACAACAGUUCACCCCCACUGUGCCUGGAACUUUCUGGCUCCCUGAAAUGAUGAAGCCUUUUGGAGGCUGUCCACCUGGCCCAGGUUAAGAAUCCUCAUACACUCACGCACCUGUGGUUUCCAACCUUGUUUCAUCGCCCUGCAAACAAACUUCUGCUUAUAUGUGCUGUUUGUUUUGAAGUGAAACCAAAAUGAUUCUCCCUUCUUAUCUGCCUUUUUAAAGGACAAAUUUACUGUUUUAAGGCAACGAGGGCUACCGUGGAAAAGUCUGAAGUGAUAUUUAUGUACAAACAUGUUUGAAUCUUUGACCUUUUUGAGAAAGGCAAGCAGGUUGGACACCAUUAGCUUAAAUUCAACCAUUUGGUUUGUUUGUUUGUUCAGUUUCCUUGAUGCUGUUGGCCAUGUUUGCUUUGACAGUCUUUGAACAUCUCUGCUGAAAACAGACUCUAAACUGAGCUCUUUUUGUCUCAUUGUAGGGUCUUUACCUUACAAUACAAAGCGUUGUGAGCCAGCUGUUGUUGUGAUUUGGCGCUAUCUUGGGUUUGGUUGUCAUCAUGGUAAUUCACAAGUCACACUGAGAAAUAUUAAAGGACAACAGCAGGAUAAAUCACUGCAGAUUACAGAUUACUAGCUUUGACAUUAAAAAAUAGUUCCAUGCAAAAGGGUAAUUAUUUUCACAGUAGCCCUAAAUGACUGAGCAUUUCAGAUUCAAUGCAUUCAUUCUGCAUUUAUUUUCUGAGAAACUACCUCUGUUUAUUUGCUGCUGAUUUUUGGAGUGACAUCUUGCAAAGUGCAUAUUUUCCUCUGCUUAAGCUGUCUGCUGUUGUGCAAAA